AGUCUGGGUUAUGAAUGGGUCCUGAUCCUUUGUUAACCUUUGGUCAAGGAUAUGCUUGUGUAUUUCCAGAAAACUCCUCCUAGCCCCUGUGGAUUCCUGCAAGGAUCAUUAAACUUCAACAUGGAUCAAAGAGAGGAACUGAACAGACUAAUGAGGACCUUGUAUCUUGAGUCUCACCCUGUACCUGUGGCUGCAGGCAAUGAGUACUUCCAGCCACAGAUAGCCCCAAGCAACAUACUGAAGAUGAGGAAUGGGAAUAGAAUGAGACAGAUGAUAAACAGUCUGGAGAUGAUCUGGGGGAUGGUAAAGAGGAUAGUCCAGGAAGCGAGAGUUUUUGAGGAAACAAGAACCCCAAGAACAUCUGAGAAUGUUUUCCUUGCCAUGCUAGCAGUCAUCAGUUGUGGGAUGGUACAAUUUGCCCUGGUCAAAGCCAGAGAAGGUCAGACUUGAUUGUCAUUGCCCAGUUUGUCCACCAUCCAGAACUCAAAUAUCAUUGCUGUCAUGUCACAGAGGACAGUGAUUGAGAAGGAGACCCAUAAAGAACUGAUGCCCCAGAAAGGAGCCUACUACCAAGUUCCUUAGAUGUCUGGCAGCAAUUUAAAAAGGACAUAAAAGAACUCAGUCCUUUUCAUGGGAUCUCCCUACAUCUGCCUCUUAGCAUAACCAAUAUUGUCUACCUCAUUCUUAUUUUUAAAUGUUUAUUUCUAGUAUGCAGAUGCAGAAUGAAGAGUCUUAAAAGGACUCCAGCCCUACAGAUGGAAUACAAUUUUCAAGAUUUAUUAAGAAAACAAAAAGGGGGAGAUGUGGGCAGCCACUGCUUGCCAA